AUGCCAAAGACUGCGCCUUACGGGACAUGGAAGUCACCAAUUGGUGCAGAUUUAAUAACACAAAAGGCUAUAUCCCUGAGCGACAUCCUCGUUGAUCCUGUGACAAACGAACUAUAUCAUCUCGAAGGACGUCCGUCUGAGGGAGGAAGGGUGGUCCUUGUACGAUCCCACUCAAACGAGGAUGCAGUAGGAAGCGACUGGAAUGUUCGGACCCAAGUCCAUGAAUACGGAGGAGGAGCAGCCACCGUAUACGGUGGCGACAAGAUAUACUUUUCAGACUUUAAAAGCAAGCGUAUCUUCAUGAUCGACGGCAAGGCGGCACCCAUUCCUGUUACGCCUGAGAAUCCAAAUCUGCGGUUUGCAAAUAUGGCCGUCUUCCCAGGUGACCCAAGGUUCAUUGUGGCCGUUCAGGAAGACCAUGCGAACCCUGCGCCAGCCGACGUCGUCAAUACACUCGUCUCCAUCGAUUGUACCUCGCAGACAGUUACAACCCUCGCUUCUGGAGCAGACUUCUACUCGAGUCCUUGCUUCUCCCCCGAUGGCCGGCACAUAGCCUGGCUCGAAUGGAUCCAUCCAGACAUGCCGUGGGAAGGCUCUCAACUUCGUGUCGCCAAAAUUUCAGUCAAGGAGACGACCUUGACAAUAAGCGACGUACAGCAUAUCGCUGGAAAACCUGAUACUUCCAGCGCAAACGAGCCCAAUUGGCUCAACAACGAUCGCUUGAUAUACCAAUGCGAUACCUCUGGCUUCUACAAUCCAUACAUCUACUCAUUGGUCUCUGCAAAGUCUGAGCCUGCACUUCAAGAGCCUGUGUCGAACGACUUCUCCGACCCAGCAUGGGUAUUCGGUAUGUCCAGAAUGGCCGUCUUGGACGAAAACACCGUAGUGGUAUCCCCAAUUCAUCAAGGAUUCUCCAAACUGGCACUGAUCCCUCUUGACAAAAAGAGUUUGGUAGAACUAGAGUGCCCUUACACGUCCAUCUCUUACGUCCGACGCUUGACCGCGACGUCAGUGGCAAUGUCCGCAACAAAAGACGACAGCGCCACAGCCCUUGUUGUGGUAGACAUUGCCAAUCAGACCCCCGCAUUCAAGGUUGUAAAGGAAACGUCAACCUUGGCUGCAACACUUCCACCCGGAUACAUAUCCACUAGCCAGGCAUUCGCUCUGAACAAUGGAAAUCUCUAUACCAUAGUCAAUCUUCCAAAGAAUGCCGACUAUACCUCUACCCAUGAAGAAAAGCCUCCAGCAGUGAUUAACAUUCACGGAGGCCCAACAGCACGUGUCCCACCUGGAUUAUCCUGGAUCACUCAAUACUUUACCUCGAGGGGUUGGGCCUGGGUAGAUGUCAACUAUUCAGGCUCAUCUGGUUAUGGACGUGAAUAUCAAGAGCGCCUACGCGGUCGAUGGGGAGUAGCCGACGUAUCGGAUGCAGCUCUCGCCGUCAAGGAGCUUGGAGAGAAGGGCAUUAUUGAUCCAAAGCGAGCUGUCAUUCGCGGCUUCACCGUACUCAUGGCUCUCUGCACGCCCGAGACUGCUGGGGUGUUCGCAGCAGGCAAUUCUUUAUAUGGUGUCUCAGACCUCAAUGCCCUCGUGGAGGAUACCCACAAAUUUGAAUCCCAAUACCUCUUCAAACUGGUGGGCGGCACCCCCAAGGAAGUACCAGAUGUCUAUGCAGCUCGAAGUGCCGUCAACCACGCUGACCAAAUUCAAGUCCCUCUCCUGAUCCUGCAAGGUUCGGACGACCAUGUCGUGCCACCAAAUCAGGCAGAAGCAAUUGUCAAGAAAAUUCGCGAAAAGGGAGGAGAAGUUGAAUAUAUUGUCUUCGAAGGCGAGGGACACGGCUGGCGUCGCGCGGAGAACGUCAAAGCGGCCUUGGAGAAGGAAUGUCAGUUCUACGAAAAGGUAUUCAACCUCACUCCAGAUUGA